CAGUCAGGCUUCUUUAAGCUUUGGGAGUGUUUCCCAUUUAAACAAACAUAGCUAAUGCUGAAGAUGGCGGAUGCGUAGAAGUGGCUUAAAGAAACUGGAGUGUUUCACUGGAUACAUUUGCACCGGUGCUGAUAUGUUUUAAGCAUGAGUGGAGUGGGUGAGAACUCACUUGAGCCGUUGUGCUCGGACAGGAAGCGCAAACUCUCCACAUGUGACACACCAGGACAAGGAUGUGAUAAGCGCAGGAGGGAACAGGAGAGCAAGUAUAUCGAGGAACUGGCUGAGCUGAUUUCAGCCAACCUUAGUGACAUCGACAGCUUCAAUGUCAAACCAGACAAAUGUGCCAUCCUUAAAGAGACAGUGCGCCAGAUACGCCAGAUCAAAGAGCAAGGUAAAAGCUCAUGUGGUGAUGAUGAUGUCCAGAAGGCGGAUGUGUCCUCCACUGGUCAAGGGGUCAUCGACAAGGACCAUCUGGGCCCUCUGUUGCUGCAGGCGUUGGAUGGGUUUUUGUUUGUGGUGAGCCGUGAAGGCAGCAUUGUGUUUGUGUCGGAUAAUGUGACUCAGUACCUGCAGUAUAAACAGGAGGAGCUGAUCAACACCAGCAUCUACAACAUCCUGCAUGAAGAAGACCGGGAAGAACUGCAUAAAAACCUGCCCAAAAGCAAUGGCCCCAACAGUGUGUCAUGGGGAGGUGAUUCGUCCCGUCAGAAGAGCCACACGUUUAACUGCCGUAUGCUGGUAAAGUUUGGACAUGGUGGUCCUGGAGGUGAAGAAGGGGCUGGUGGGCCACGCUAUGAGACCAUGCAGUGUUUUGCUCUCACACAGCCUAAAGCAAUGAUGGAGGAAGGAGAAGACCUGCAGUCAUGUAUGAUUUGUGUAGCACGGAGAGUGACCGCAGUGGAGAGGACAGAACGAUUCAGCACCAGACAUGAAUUAUCAGGUAAACUGAUUGAGAUCGAGCAGCAGAGUCUUCUGCAUACCACCAUGCGUCCUGGCUGGGAGGAUUUAGUGCGCCGCUGUAUGCAGAUGUUCCUGCAUCGCAGUGAGGGUCAGCCCUGGUCAUACAAGAGACAUUAUCAUGAAGCAUAUGUUCAUGGUAGAGCAGAAACUCCGCCCUAUCGCUUCUCCUUAUCGGAUGGCACUCCGGUGACUGCACAAACGCGCAGUGAGCUCUGUCGAAAUCCAGUCACCAGUGACCCACACACCUUCCUCUCUACUCAUCUUCUGCAGAGGGAGCAAAACGGAUACAGACCCAACCAGGGUGGUGUAAUGCGAUCAGUUAUGGGUAAUGCCAAUCCGAAUGCUCAGAUGGGCAUGGGCAACACUAGGGGCUACGGCAUGAAUGAGCAAGGCCACAUGGGACCCAGAGGCGGAGCAAUGUAUGGCCCGGGAAACAGGAUGAAUCAGAUGAACCCGAUGCACCAGAUGAAUCAAAUGAACCAGAUGAAUUCGAUGAAUCAAAUGAAUAUGAAUCAGAUGAAUUGCAUGAAUCAAAUGGGCUCAAUGAAUCAGAUGAAUCAAAUGAAUCAAAUGAACUCUAUGAAUCAGAUGGGCCAUCCUGGGAUGAAUCAGCACCAGCAGGGCCAGUUUCAUGGUGGUGGCGGCUAUGGAAUGGUAAUGACAAGUCCCUCUCAAGGAAGUCCGGGAAUGAAUCCUGGUCAGCAGAAUCUCAUGGGGUCUCCGCGGAUACGAGGGAGUCCUAAAAUGGGAGCAAGUCCAUUUUCACCUGGAGGUAUGCACUCUCCCAUGGGUCCCGUAGGCAUGGGUGGCAGUAGUGGAUCUUCAGGUCCAUCGGUUGGGAAUACCUUCUCUAGCAGCUCAUUGAAUGCCCUCCAGGCCAUCAGUGAAGGUGUGGGUUCUUCUCUACCUUCAGCUCUCAACUCACCUGCCCACAAAUCCGACAGUUCUCCCAAUAUCAACUCCACUCAAUCCAGUCAGCAAGGCCCGAUCGGCAACAACAAACCCAUUACCAGUGACUCCAAGAGUCCAUCAAGUGCUCACAGCACAGGGUUAGACCAGCAACAGGCCUCUUCUACGGAGAACACAGACAAACCAGACAGCCAGUCCAACAAGGAUGGAUCCGCUGGGGGAGAAGUCAACCGGAGAGUCCCUGAUGGAAAAGGCCACAAGAAGCUACUUCAGUUGCUCACAUCUCCAACUGAAGAGAUUGGCAUCGGGACUGCGACUAGUGGACCUGUUCCAGGUCGUGCGUCCACUCCGAUGGGAUCUGACCCGAAGGAGACUGGAAGUGGCAUGAUGAGUCCUUCCUCCACAGGGGUGUCCUCUUCAUCCGGUUCAUCAUCCGGGAAUAACGUUAAUCAGCAAAGCUCGGGUGGAGUGUCGUCCACUGCUUGUCCUAGUGGACAUCACAGCACUCACACCUUACAGGAGAAACACAAGAUACUCCACAAGCUUCUUCAGAAUGGAAACACACCCGAUGACGUGGCUCGCAUUACAGCUGAAGCCACCGGCAAGUCCUCGCUUAGUUCAGAACACCCGGGUGCUGAGGGGAGGAAUCUGGAGCUCAAACAGGAGCAGCACAGUCCGAAAGAAGGAAAAAAGCCACAAGCCCUCCUUCACUACCUCCUCAAUAAGGAUGACUCCAAAGAGCCCGGUGCUACAGAGGUCAAGCCAAAGCUGGAGGAGCUUGAAGCAAGAGGGGCAUCUGGAGGGCAGGGGGCAGGGGUCACGACCUCCAGUUCUAGUAACCAGGAGAGCAAGGUCAAGCUCGAACAACCGGAUGAGCUGGAAAGUUUAGAGAGUAUCCUCGGUGGGCUGAGGAAUCCCGGUCCUGGAAUGUUUGUUGAUUCUGGAUCUGGAGGGUCAGAAGUGGGCAAUAAGCAGGGCAAUGGACCUAACAGCACCGCCCACGACCGAGAGGGUGUUGGUAUGGGUUCUGGUCAACGUGUGCCCUUCCAGAGGGCAGUGUCUGUCGAUGGAAAACCUAUGAGUGGGCCAGGCAUGACUGGUAGAAAGAGCGCACCAUCCUCUCUUGUCAAACAGGAGCAUACUGAUAGCCAGAUUGGCAUGGGAGGUCCAAACAGGCUCAUGGGAAUGCCCAAUCGACCUCCAAUGGCAGGUGCAGGAGAUUGGAUGUCCAGUUCUGGCAGUCCUGCUGGUUCCGUCGGACACCCUGGCAUGGGUCGCCCAGGCAUGGACCACAAUCCCAAGAGCAUGAUGGGAGGUCCCAUGGUUAGCCGAUCUAACAGCGUUCCUGCAACCAGAUCCAUGUUACAACAGCAGUUGAUGGAAAUGGGGCCGUAUGAUGUAGGAAUGGGUAUGAAUUCGUUCAGAGGGCAGGCUCCUCCACCACAGUCCCCUUCGUGGCCAGAUAGUGGGAUGGGAAUGGAGGGACCACCGAGUGCAAACAGGCUGCCGAUAAAUAGCCCUCUUGAUGAACUUCUGGCUCCUCCAUCCACCUCUGAGGGUCAGAGUGAUGAGCGAGCUCUGCUGGACCAGCUGGACUCUUUGCUCAACAACACUGACGUCAUCGCUCUGGAGGAGAUCGACCGUGCCCUUGGCAUACCAGAUCUCAUCAACCAGGGUCAUAGUUCAGAUCAGCCUCCUCCAUCGGACCCUUUCUCUGGUCCUUGUCUGGGUCCAGACUCCUCUAUGGGUAUGGAACCUCCCAAGGCGAUGUAUGGACAGGGCUACCCGGGACCCCCUUCCAUGGGGAUGCAGGGCGGAUAUGGUCCCGGUCCCAACCCUGGUGCUGGUCCUGGACCCGGUCCCAUGCAAGGGCAGUCAGGACCAGGGUUUAAUCCCAUGAUGAGCCAGAUGAACCAGCAGGGUGGCUUCCCUGGGAUGGGUGGUAUGGGCCCAAUGCAUCCUCGUGCAAACAUGAUGAGGAACCGAGUGCCUCAGGCCAAACCUCUCAGAUUGCAGCUCCAGCAGAGACUGCAGGGACAGCAGUUUUUGAACCAGAGCCGACAGGCCAUGGGCAUGAGACCUGAUGCCAGCCCUGCAGGAAACCCUGGCAUGAGACCCAGCAUGCAGCCAGGCAUGGGCGGACAGCCUGGUUUCCUGAAUGCUCAGAUGAUGGCACAGCGCAGCAGAGAAAUGUUGAAUCUUCAGACAGAGAUGAGAAGACAGAGGAUGAUGAUGAUGAUGCAGCAGCAGCAGCAGCAACAGCAGCAGGUGGCUGCAGGAGGUUUCAGUCCCCCUCCUAAUGUCACAGCGCCCACAGGAAUGGACAACCCCAUGGCAGGACCACCAAUGAGCCAGCCCGGACAGCAGGCCUUUAACUAUGGAGGCAACUAUGGUAUUGGCCAGCAGGGGGACCCUUCAUUUGUGGGAACAGGUAGCAGCCCCCCUAACAAUAUGAUGUCUGGGCGAAUGGGUGGCCCUCAGAAUCCCAUGAUGCAACAGCACCCUCAGAGCAACCCCAUGUACCAAUCGGCAGAAAUGAAGGGCUGGGGACAGGGGCCCAUGCCUAUGAAUAAUCAUCCUGAAACGGUUAUGAAGAUGUGUGAAUAUAAUUUCAUACCCCCAGCAACAGCAAUAUCCCCAGCAGGGGGCGCCAGGACAGUAUGGUGGAAUGAUGAUGAACGGCUCCAUGCAGGGGGGUGUGAAUGGCAACGGUGCAGGACAGAUGCCCCCAAUGCAGGGCCAGAUGGGCAUGAACACCAUGGGCAUGGGACGCAUGCCAAUGGGACCUGAUCAGAAGUACUGCUGAGGCGAUGAGCAAUCUCCGUCGAAAAAAAAAGGCCGAACUCACAUCAGUCCAACAAGAAGCUAUAAAUUCAGCCUCGCAGAAGAGAACAGUUGACUGAGAGAGGAAAGAGACAUGGAAAGGGAAAGAGAGAGAUACUCAAGCCUUCCCUGUGGGGUUUUUCUGAAUUUGCCCAGUAGCGAGUGCAGCAGGCUCUCUCCUGUCCCGCGUGGCUGUACUGCAGUACACAACAUCACCACCAGGGGGAACAGAGUAGGAACGCUCGUGGUACAACUUGACAGUGUGAGGGAGCACUUUAUUUUAAGGCUAGUAUGGAAAAGGAUAGUUGCAAUAUGUUUCUUGCUUCUCUAGCCUUAUAGAAUGAUUCUGUGCAUAUUGUCUAUUUUGAAUUCGUUUUUUUUUCGGACAAGAAUGAAAACCGAGGGAAUUGUAAGCACCAGACCUUCAUCACUUAACACAUAUCAAAGCAAUAAUCCUCCUCUUAAUGCCACCGGAGUGGUGCGUCCACAUAAAAAGCAAAUGGUACUGCAGUAUUAGACAGGAUCUUUUUUCUUUUCUGUUUUUUUUUUUUUUUGUGUGUGUGAAUAAGAUUGGAAUUGUAAAUACUGUAUGCUACAUAUGUAUCAUACAUGCUUUUACUACAUACUUUUUUUGCACAGAGUUUUUUGGACCCACUUAGGUCCUUCUUAUCUAUAUUUUAGGUCAAUACUUCUGGGUUUUACAUCUAUUUUAAAGGGAGAAAAUAUUUUAUUUUUUAUCUUUUUUCUUCUGUUAAGUUUUCCCAACGAUGACCGCCAGUCUGUUUGGAUGGCACUUUUUUCUAAAAGGUUUUGACAUCGCAGGAGUGUUAUGCAGUGACGGUUUCAUGAUUUAACUUCAUUUUCAGACGUGCUUCAGUCCGAAAUUAUAUAGAUGAAUAUAUAUAAAUAUGGUGCAAGUUUUCAGAUGGUAAGCAAAGAUUAUGUUUGAUGUUGCUCUUUAAGCUAGCUCUUAUCAUGGACAAUAACUCACUUUCUCACUGUUGGUUCUUCAGAAAUCUACCUUUAAGGAACAUGCACAAUCCAAAGAUAUUUUUUCAGUCUUUUAUUUUUCUGUUUUCUCAAGUUUGACUACAGAAAUGUAUCCAUUUAUUAUAUAUGUUUUUGCGCAAAUGCGCAGAGUAAAAGGUACAUAUCAUAUGAACAUAUUACUACAUAUUAUGAUUUUGUACUAUAUACUGUGUACAUACAAAACCAAGUAUACCUGUUUAUUUUUGAGGCCAGUUAAUAUUUUAGCAGUAUUGUCUGUGCUUUUUGGAGGGUUUCUCUUUAUCAUGCGGUUUAUUCACUCUUCAGUUGACGUUUUGUAAGAUUUUGAUGAUUAUGAAUUCUCUACAGAACUGCCAAGAUUAAUUGUAACUAUCCAACUGGUUUUAAAAUGUUUUUUAAACUACUUUUAAAAGCGGUUCAGAAGCGCUUUUUAAAAGUACAAGUAAUAAAGAGUCCAUUCAGACAGAAACGCUCAUCUCUGUAGUGCAGUGUCCUCGGCCGCUUCAUUAGUCCAGUCUUUUACCAUCAGUGACUUCAAAUAAUGUGGAUUCCCAGAUGCAGGAACGAAAUGUGGUGGGUAAUCUAAUAAUAAGUCAGUCUCUUCAGUCUUUUCAGGAAAGCUACGCUGUCGUUUAUGUUCAUUUCGCUAGAUUACUGUCGAUUGUGACAAAGUAUAUUUUGAAAAAUGAUAAUUCCGGGAAAAUUGAGGUUAUUCUGGUGUGAUUUCAGAGCUGAUCGAUUGACUAAGGGGUGUGAAUUUGGAAGAUAAGCUCACAUUUUGCAGGAUGUAAAUUACAAUACACUUAAUUAUUUUGCUUGAUGUUGAUAUCGUUGUAAAUAAAAGUUCUAUUUAAACGUGA